AUGUCUAAAUUCUUCUCAAGCAUUCAGCCACACAGCUCAACUACUCUAGACAAAUGCUUUGAUCUGCAAACUAGAUAAUUAGUUCUGUGAAGUUCUUUUGACUCAGUUUCAACUUGUUCAAGUUUGAAGAUAUCAUAUUGAAACUACAUGCACUGACAUCUCUUCGGUAAACUAUUCCUUUUCACUAGGAAAUCAACAAGAUUACCUGUUAUUUUUGUUCAUCAGUUUCACUGCAAAGUUCAUCAAUCAUUCCUACAAAAAUAGGGUUACCUUUGCACUGAUCUCCCAUCCUGCUGCUUCUUUACUCCUUCGCUCGUCUCUGUUCCUUGCUUCCUCUUCCCAUCACUGUAUGUAGUCUGUUAUGAAAGCAAAUGACGGUACGUUAUAUGACUUAAGUUCGACUUUUUAAUACAACGUACGUUAUAAACGUUGAUAAUAUGUUAUGAAAGCAAAUGACGAUACGUUAUAUAUAAUAUAUCGGAUUAUGAAGGUUUCAGGUUGUCUUUUAUACCCGUCAUAACCGUCAUCUGAGACGCUGGGGAAAGAUGCUCAGGAGCGAGCCUAGCGGGCGACAGAUGAUUCCACACUCCGCAACCCUGCGUUGUCUCCUCGUCCUUUCGGUCGCCGGCGCCAUCCUUGGACUUGGAGAGCGCCUCGGGGCCAAGGAGUGCGAGGACUUGGGGUUCACGGGCCUCGCCCUCUGCUCCGAUUGUAACACCCUCGGCGAGUACGUCAAGGAUAAAGAAUUGGUAUCAGAUUGUCGUAAAUGUUGCUCAGAGGAUUCCGACGAUUCCUUAAGUAAGGUUACGUUCUCGGGUGCAAUUUUAGAGGUAUGCAUGAGGAAGUUGAUGUUCUAUCCUGAAGUUGCAGCAUUUAUAGAAGAAGAGAAAGAUGAAUUCUCAUAUGUCAAAUUCAAAUAUGCUUAUGCAUCCCCACCGAAACUUAUCAUGCUGGACAGUGAGGGUAAUGAAAAGGAAACCAUAAGAAUCGACAACUGGAAACGUGAACACAUUCAGCAAUUUUUAAAAGAAAAAGUGAAGCCUGGCGUAACUGUAAGCUGAAGGUUCCAUACAUCAUAGAGUUUUGGCAUUGACAAAGGACAUACGACUUGUUUACAUGCUUCACUCACCAGCUCUUUGAGUUUCAAUAAUUACAUAAGAUUUAUUGCAUAUUUCCACUAUAAAAGUAAGAAUGACACUGGUAACUACAUCAGUAAUUUUUUUUGUUUUGUUUUUGUAGUAAUCAACAUCUUCCAAAUCUGCAAUGCUUUUUAUUCAGUAUUCA